AUGAUCUAUAUUAUUUUUAUACUGCAGGUUGAGGCAAAAGAAAAGUUGAUGUUAAAACGAGACGAUGAGUAUUAUAAAAAUGCUAUCCAAGUGGUUAACAUGGAUUCUGAACAAGUUGGUCAUAUUAAACGCGAUCUGGCGGAAACUUUAACUUUCAUACUGGAUAAUAAACUUGCACGAUUAGAAGGGUAG